UUCAUAUAUCAUUCUAAAAUAACAUUGUUCAGAAUUGUUUAUUAACUAAACCAUUAUUGAUUGAAUUUACAUGAUGUAUGGGCUGUUUAACAUAGUUUAUAACCUCACCAGCUCCUAUGUUGCCAACCAAAUCAUAUUAAAAAUGUAUCAACUUUGCCAUGCAGGUAUUAGCUUGGGUGGGGGUAAUAGGAAGAAUCACUCACAAAUAUUCUACCUGCUUCUAGAGAAACUGGGGGAAGGAUGGAUUCAUUCCUGCCUUGGUAUACGUGGAGGAAAUGGAAGAAUCAAUUUACCAGCAGAGAUUAAAUAGCAAACACACACAAAUGAACACUUUCUGAGACGAAAGAUGGUAUUAGUCAGAAUAAAUUAAUGAAUAAAUUAAUGGAGGCUAUGGAUUCCUGGCAGUAUACUUAAACUGGGCGCUGGUUCUCAGGACAUCACAUUACAACGCAUUGUCUGGAUGAAAGAAUCCAGCACCUUGAAUAAUAAGAGAUAGCAGCUGGGUGGUAGCGGGGAUUACUAUGCUACUCCACGCCCUCCGGCCACCACUUGAACUCCACAGCUGAGAAAAUCUUCCUGGUCUGGACCGGUUAGGGCUGUUCUCUCUUUCCCUCCCCUUUCGAUGCUCGGAAUGAUGACACUGCUCCAAUACUGAACCCGAGGAUAAAAAGGAGCCUAUCCAUUAAGUGCCUCCACAAGGCACUAGAGAGGAGCUCGCUUAGUAGGUUUGGUUUCCAACCCCGUCAAAGACGGCGGCCGGGAAAGGCGACAGGAAUCAACACCGGGAUAGCUUAUUGUUGGGCGCGGGGCACGGGACAAGGAGGCGAACGGCCAAGCGUCAGCCAGGGAAACCCGGCCAGAAGGCAGCGCCUCCGUCCUCAAGGAGAACAGUAGCAGUUUCUGGAGUUGUGCGAAGCGAAGGUUGCCGGCGAAGCGACCGCCUCCUUAGCAGAGCGCGCCGAGUUUUGCCGGGCUUGGGAGACGCUCGUGCAACCGGACAAGUCAAAGGCGCGCGCUGAGCGAGGAAGCGAGGCAGGCGGUCCAAGAGCGCCCCCCGGACUCUUCGCCCGCUCGGCGGAGGCGCACGGAGCUCAUCCAUGGUCACCUGCAGAAAAGUCGGGGGGUUCGCCGUCUGGGACUAUGUGGUCUUCGGAGUCAUGCUGUUAAUCUCCGCGGCCAUCGGGGUGUACUACGCCUUCGCGGGCGGUGGCCAGAGGAGCCGCGAAGCCUUCUUGAUGGGGGGCCGCAGCAUGACAGCUUUACCCGUGGCGCUCUCCUUGACGGCCAGCUUCAUGUCGGCGGUGACGGUACUAGGUACCCCCGCCGAAAUCUACCGCUUCGGAGUCAUGUUUAGCCUCUUCGCCAUCUCCUACGCAGUGAUGGUGGUUAUAAGCGCUGAGAUCUUCCUGCCCGUCUUCUACCGCCUGAAAAUCACCAGCACCUACGAGUACCUAGAAAUGCGGUUUAAUAAACAGCUGCGCCUGUGUGGAACAGGGCUCUUUAUUAUAUUGACGAUACUUUACACUGGAAUUGUCAUUUAUGCUCCAGCCUUAGCUUUAUAUCAAGUUACAGGAAUUCAUUUAUGGGGUGCAGUUGUUGGAACAGGAAUAGUAUGUACUUUCUAUUGCACACUGGGUGGACUAAAAGCAGUGAUUUGGACAGAUGUUUUUCAAGCAGCAAUCAUGAUAGCUGGAUUCUUAUCUGUGAUUAUACGUGGUGUGAUAGUACAAGGUGGUUUUGGAAAUGUAAUAUAUGACACCUAUCAUGGAGGAAGAUUAAAUUUCUGGGACUUCAGUCCUAAUCCUUUGCAAAGGCAUACAUUCUGGACAAUUGUUGUAGGUGGGACUUUUACCUGGCUUGGAAUAUAUGCAGUCAAUCAGUCUCAAGUUCAGCGAUAUCUUUCCUGCAAAACCAGAUUUCAAGCAAAAUUAUCUCUUUAUUUAAAUCUCGUGGGACUCUGGAUAAUUCUUGCAUGUGCAGUAUUAUGUGGAUUAAUAAUGUACUCUGUUUUUAAGGAUUGUGACCCAUGGACAGCAAAAUGUGUGAUGGCAUCAGACCAGCUCAUGCCUUAUCUGGUGUUGGAAAUUCUACAAGAGUUUCCAGGAAUGACAGGUCUUUUUGUUGCUUGUGCUUAUAGUGGAACCUUAAGUACAGUGUCCUCUAGCAUCAAUGCUUUAGCUGCUGUGACUGUAGAGGACCUCAUUAAACCUUAUUUCACGUUAACUGAAGUUAAAUUGUCUUGGAUUUCUAUGGGGAUGAGUUUAUUUUAUGGUGCGGUGUGCAUUGCUAUGGCUGCCUUGGCAUCAGUUCUAGGAGGAUUGUUACAGGCAGCAUUGACCAUUUUUGGCAUGGUUGGUGGGCCUCUCCUGGGCCUCUUUUCCUUGGGCAUUCUUUUUCCCUUUGUCAAUGCCAUGGGUGCAUUUAUAGGUCUCAUCUGUGGAUUUGUUCUUACCCUUUGGGUUGGAAUUGGAGCUCAGAUUUAUAAGCCGCUGGAUACUAGGACCCUGCCGUUACCUCUUUUAAUUACAGGCUGUAACAUAAGCAGCCUAAGCACAGAACUGCCAACUGUUACAACUGAAAAUAGUGAGAGACCAGUCCUUGCAGAUUAUUGGUAUUCUUUAUCCUAUCUGUAUUUAAGCCCAAUUGGAACUCUGUUUACAGUUGCUGUGGGAAUAGUCAUUAGCCUUUUGACAGGAGGACUUAAGCAGAAUGUGGACAAAAAAUUCUUACUCAGCAAAGAGGAUCUUUUUUGUAAUUUCUCAGGUGGUAAAUCGAAACAAGAAGAUAAAAAAGUUUUGAAUUGUACACCAUGCAAUGAAGGAACUGACAAUCCAGCCUUUAAUCAUAUUGAAAUGAUGACAGAGAGUAAAAAAGGAAAUGACACUUAUUUGUGAAAAUGUUGGACACUUUGCUAAAGUUGACAGCUAUUUCAAAUAUAUUAACAUGGAAUACAACUAACAUUUUGCUAUGAGAAUACAUUAGAAAAUUCAUCCUAACCUGAACUUUUGCCCUUCCAUAUUUUAACAUCAGUCCAUAUUGGCUGGGAUAUUGUUAAAGAAUACAUUACGCAAAUAGUAACUAAAAAUACGGAAACAAUAACAAAUCUAAUGUUUUAAUUUCAUAAGAUAUGUGAAGCUCAUUUUGGAAAUUAAUACCUGUCAUACCAUUGUGUGCAAAAUGAAAACUAUGUUAUGAAUGUGUUUUUAUUAUUUCAUUGGCUAUUGGCUAUCAUCUGAGAUCAAAUACUCAAUGAGAUUUUACUUCUGAGAAAAAAAUACAUAGAAUUGCAUUGCCAUGUUUUAUUUUCCAAAAACUUCACUUAUUUGUCUUUUAGCAUCACCCAAAAUGUUGCACAUUUCUUCAUGCCCUGAUUUUUUUCAUGUUAACAUGGAUAACUGUCCAUGUGUAGAUCUCAUGUGGAACUUUAUACUUCGGGGUCUUUUACAGUCAGAGCAUUAGAAUCACAGAAAGACUAGGUAUAUUGAAACUUUCCUGUUUCAAAUGUCUUCCUUACAGCAUCUAUCGAGUGCAGUAAGAGAGCUUAUGUUAUCAGGUUAAAACUAAAAACAUAGUUCUACAAUUCUUUCAAUUGAUUUUGCAUCCUGAUGCAAAUUUGUGAGAGAUGGUCCAGUGUGAAUUAUUCAAUAGAAAUACCAUCAGAAUGUAAUCCUACAGGUUUACUCAGAAAUAAGUCCUUUUAUAUUAAAAGAGAAAUGUUAUUACAAUUCCAAACCUCUUGAUGCUUCUCAAGUUGCCUGUGCCUUUUAUUUAAAACCUUUAAAACUUUUAAAACUUUUUUUUUUAAAAAAACUGGGAAGCAUCAAAGCUAACAUCCGCCAAAGAAUAGAUCUCAGUACUCCAUGGACUCAGAACAUUGAAAAAAAAAUGAUCAAAAGAUUGGGGCUUUUUGGCUAAAAUUGGGAAAGGGAGUUUAGGUGGAUGGCUGAAAUUCCCAAUGAGAGUUUAGGAAUAUGCAAUAUUUGUGUGAUGGAAUAAUGAGGUACAUGGCUGUGAAUGUCUGGAAGACUGAUUAUCUGAAUAUGUAAUUGAGACUAAAUGUUUGGGAGUAAACCAGAAGAAUAAGAAUAUUUUUAAGAAAUGAUGCUGAGAGAGAAGUUUUAUGUCUUAACACUAUGUGUGUAUAUUUAGGAGAAAAAUUACUUGGGUAUGAUCUGUCUGUGGAAAAUCAAUUAAAUAAUUUCAGAAUAAUUUAUUUAAAGUUAUUUUGGGAGUGGUAUAUCCUUUCUAUGAAAUAUGUCUUUUCUUAGAAAAUAAAACUAUAAGUUGAAAAAAA